AAAAGACUUUGUCAAUAAAACAUUUUUCAGUUUAUUUUAUGCACUGUACACGUUCAGUAUUGACAGUUGAGAUUUAUUUUUUUUUAUGUUUAUUUCAGAUAAUUUAAGUCUGGAAUUUUCGUUCUAGAAUAACUUGGCAUGGCCGUUUGGACAUUUUGAUGUCUUUUGUAUGAUAAUUGAUAACUCAAUUAUUAAUACAAUAUUAAUUCCAUAUUUUAUUUAAUCAUUAAUGUGGAUAAUGAAUCAUGAAAGUACCAACCUAAGACUUGCGUAGCUUGGGUUUUUACAUUUUUUUUUUCAAUAAACUGAAUGACAUUGUUGAACAAAACAUCCGGCGAAUAAAUUAAGUAAAUUAAAUGUUAUACAUACAGGUAAUAAUAAAUUACCUUUAUAAAUAUUUUUGAUAAAAUCAAAAAUUUUUUGUUUGAAUAAUGUGUGGUAUUUCCUGUCAAAUGGUGCAUUGAGUAUAAAACGAGAAUGACUAUUUUGCAGCUUCCAUUGAUGAGUAAUUUCAUUUGCAUAUUAUACGUUGUUCGUGUGAAAUAAAAUAUUUCAAUACAAAUAUGUUUACCAAAAUUCUGUUGAUUUGUCUUUUGGCGGCUUUUUCGGUGAUAACUGUAAGUGCCGAAAAAAAAUAUAACAACCAAAGUGAACUCAUAGAUGACAUGUUAGAUAACGUGUUUACUUGUAUGCAAGAACUGGACGUAAACCCUGACGUUUGCGGUGAAUUGUUAUUGAAGGACAAAGAUCACAGUGAUAAGAAGUACGAUAACUGCAAGUGCCUCGGACCAUGCGUGGCGAAGAAAAUGGGAACGAUGAACACAGAUACCGGCAAGUGGAACUGGGCUAGAUUUAAAGAGUUAGCGGAAUUGAUGGAAAACGACAUUCUCAGGAACGAGUCGAAAAUAAUGCAAACACACUGCAUAGACGAAGUGAACACUCACUGUACAGCCGGUUACGUCUUCAUGAAAUGCGUCUUACAGAAUUCCCCGAUGGCUCAAGAUAUGGUCAAAAAUUAUUUGUCCACGAAAGAAAACACGCCAAACGAACAAGAAGCCGCAAAAUAACAGUAUUUACGUAAUAAUACCUAUAAUUAAAAAACUGUACAAUACACGAUAAUUACAAUAAUUAUUGUUAUACGUACGCAAACAGUAUAAUGCACACAAUGUCCACGUCGUUGUUAUGUUUUCAAAAAUAAAUAAAUACGUUAACAUUAAAUCAUAUAUCUACUACUAUACUUUA